AUGAGUAAACAUGCAAAUAUCGUAUCUUUGGCCCUGGCUCUGCGGAUCCAGAGCGAAGGACUGCCACAGAGGGAGAGAAAGCCCAGAUCCCAACAAGCUGCUGCUGUCCAGCGCGGCUCCUCCCCGCUGGGCAAGGGCACUGUUCUCACCAGAGAGGCACAAGCGCUCCGUCCCCUCCAGAGGCAGGCGCAGGGAAGAGAAAGGGGCUGUUGUUUUUCUCUCCUUGUUUCUCUCUCCCUCGCUGCUGAUCACCAUCAGAAAGCCCUGAUGGAAAAUCCUCCAGUGCUGGGCAGGCCCCUCCUCCGCCGGGGAGCUUGUCCUUGACAAAUUUUUCUUUGUCCCGAUGGGAAAAAGAGAGAGAGAGAGAAAGAAGAAAAAAAAAAAAAAAAAAAAAGGAAAGAAAAACCACAAACUUCCUUUAAAAGCAGCUUGUAGUCAGGGCCUGGAGUGCACGCUCCAGACUGGCGACUCAGGAAUCCAGAAGCCGCUCUGAGCGACCGAUCCGGAGCCCCUGGGCUGUGUCGCUGCCUGCCUGCACCCUCCUUCGGUGCCCCUGUCCUGGGCGUGAGUCCGGAAGUGGCCGUGACCCAGCCCUCACUGCGCGCGCGCGCUCGCUCGCAAACCUGUGUAAACCUAUAUCGCUCUGGCGUUGACAGCUGGACGGCAGCUCGCCGCGGUGGGUGCCCCUCCUGUGCCCACCUCCCCCACCCAGCUGCCAGAGCCGCGCCCGCCUUCUCGGUGCUGGGACUGCACCCACUUCUUUCAGGAUAAUUCCAGCUGGAGAGAAAGUAUAGGAUUUGAGGAGCUGAAAAGGAGGAGGGAAAGAAUGGAAUCCCGACUCACGGAAGCUGACUCCAUCUCAUGUCUUCAAUCUCAGCAGAAUCGUCCCUCCCAAGCCUGGAAGCCACAUGCCCUCACGCCCUUGUUGGUCCCAUCUGAUCACAGCAACUUACAGGUGGAGGACUCAGCCUAGAGCCCUUGCGUUGCCAGGAGCUGAGAGAGGCAUGUACUGCCCGUAGCCAGGAGUGACUGUGCAGACGCAGCCAGCCUGCCCUACUGCCUUCCUAUUCCAGGACUUUUCUGGCUCCUUUGCUUUCCAGCUCAAUGGUUUUCCUCUAAUUGGACAGUACCUUCCUUUGCCUACCAAGCCUGGCUUGGGCAAAUCCUUGAGUUUGGUGAACGACUUCAUUGCCCCCCAGCUGCCGUCUUUCCAGCCAUGGAACCCCGUCAUCCUGAGCAUCUGGCCCCUGAUGAGGCUAGGACAGCAGAAGCAGUCACCCCCACAAACCCGGAGGUGCUGCCAGGGCCAGAUGAGCACUGCCAGGCCGCAGAGGCCAAGGAGGCUGAGAGGGCAGCUGGAGAAAAGGAACCAGCAGAGCAGGCUUUGCCACCUGCCCAGGGCGAGGAUAAUCUGGAGUCCCCCCCACCUGAAGAUAGCUCCAGUCAACCUGGGCCAGCCCAUGAGACCUCACUUGAGAUAGAGACAAUAGGGGCGUGCUCCAGGCCCCAGGAGCUCCCCCCACCCCCCAGGGCCCGCCGGCCUGAGCUCGAUUUCUACUGCGUAAAGUGGAUCCCUUGGAAGGGAGAGCGGACGCCCAUCAUCACCCAGAGCACCAACGGCCCUUGCCCUCUCCUGGCCAUCAUGAACAUCCUGUUUCUGCAGUGGAAGGUGAAGCUGCCCCCGCAGAAGGAAGUGAUCACCUCAGAAGAGCUCAUGGCCCACCUUGGAAACUGCCUCCUGUCCAUCAAGCCCCAGGAGAAGUCAGAGGGACUUCAGCUUAAUUUUCAGCAGAAUGUGGACGAUGCAAUGACCGUGCUGCCCCGCCUGGCCACAGGUCUGGAUGUCAAUGUGCGGUUCACGGGCGUCUCCGAUUUUGAGUACACGCCCGAGUGCAGUGUCUUUGACCUGCUAGGCAUCCCUCUGUACCACGGCUGGCUGGUUGAUCCACAGAGCCCUGAAGCUGUGAGUGCAGUUGGGAAACUGAGUUACAACCAGCUGGUAGAGAAAGUCAUCACCUGCAAACACUCCAGCGACCCCAACCUGGUGACAGAAGGCCUGAUCGCCGAGCAGUUCCUGGAGGCCACGGCAGCCCAGCUGACGUACCAUGGACUGUGUGAGCUCACAGCAGCGGCCAAGGAGGGCGAGCUGAGCGUCUUCUUCCGAAACAACCACUUCAGCACUAUGACCAAGCACAAGAGUCACUUGUACCUAUUAGUCACCGACCAGGGCUUCCUACGGGAAGAGCAGGUGGUUUGGGAGAGCCUGCACAACGUGGACGGCGACAGCUGCUUCUGUGACUCGGAGUUCCACCUAAGUCACUCCCUGGGCAAGGGGUCCGGAGCAGGAGGUGGGAGCAGCUCCCCAGAGAAGCAGCUGCAGGUGGAUCAGGACUACUUGAUCGCCCUGUCCCUGCAGCAGCAGCAGCCGGCGCCGCAAGGCACACUGGGCCUCAGUGACUUGGAACUGGCCCAGCAGCUUCAGCAAGAGGAGUAUCAGCAGCAGCAGGGGGUUCAGUCCCUGCAGCCUCGGACCCCCGUCCCACAGGGCAGAGGAGCCGCAUCAGGCCGGCCAGCCGGGGAGCGGCGGCAGAGGCCCAAGCACGAGUCGGACUGUGUGGUGCUGUAGCUCUACCCGCGGCGUGCGGCUGAGCCAUCCCUGCCUCUCGGGGCGAUGGCUCCCAGGCUCACUCUCGGACCUCAGCCCCUGAGAUCCGCUGCAGGCUAACUUAUUUAUGCACCGCGGGCGUCCCAGCAAGUGGUGAAUGCCAAGGUCAGGCACACUCAUAUCCUUGCCCUCACAUGCUGCCACCUUCUCUUCCUCCCGUCCAGGGCAACACCAGGGUGGGUGGGGUGAGGACUUCUGGUUCCCACCUGCCUUGCCCAGAACACUCACAGAUAUGCAGACUCAGGCUCCACGGCGAGGCGCCCUGUCUGGAACGCAUCCCCCUACCUCUGCUCCCUGAUUCCCCUGGGCACUCCUGGCUCCCCAGCAGGCCUGUCUCAGGGUCUGGUUUGGGUUUCUAAGUCCCUUGUUUGUAAUGCCUUCCUAGGGGUUGGGGAAUAAAUCUUCUUUGCUGAGA